GCCAUGAAUGGGGUGGUGGAGAAAUGGACUUGUGGUGAGUGUUUUCUACAGAUAAACUAUAUUUUGGAAAAACAAGGGAAGCGUUUAAAAAUCUGAACUUUGAUAGUGACGCUUGCUGGUACUAAGUUGAGGUCGCUUUACCAUCGUCCGACAUUCAAUCAGGGUAAAUAAAGUAUUCUGAAAGAAAACCAGACGCAGCUUGAACUAACGUUCCCAGCUAGCUAGAAGUAGAUGUGCUACGCUUGAACAAAAACAGCAUCGUUAGCCUGCUAGCUGAAGUUAGCUACUCAUAAUGCACAGAGACAACAUGACCUCCCUGAUUCAGAAAAUUGCCACGCAAGCCUACGUUACUUUCAAAAACUGGGGGUCGGCUGCCAACGGGGACAACAAAGUAUUCCUGGAAAACCGAGGUGAACUUAGCAACCUUCUAACUGAAAUCAGGGCGGCAGAUCUGAAGAUUGCACCUAGGAAAAUUAAAAGCUCCACGAAGUCUCAGUCCCCGCCGGUCACGUAUAUGCACAUAUGCGAGACCGAUGCCUUCAGCAUGGGAGUGUUUUUGCUUAAGCCUGGGGCUUCCAUCCCGCUGCACGACCAUCCGGGUAUGAACGGCAUGCUGAAAGUUCUUUACGGAAAGGUCAGUAUCAGGUGCUUCGACAAGUUGGAUAACCCACCAGGUGCCGAGAGCGACACACAGUUCGAACCACCACUUUCUCCCAACCAAAAGGAUAAUUUGAGGCGCUCGAUACUGAGAUCCGUCGGAGAGUACUCGGAAGAGAGCGGUCCAUGCAUUUUGACUCCGCUGAAAGACAAUCUCCAUCAGAUCGAUGCAGUUGACGGACCAGCCGCUUUCCUCGACAUCCUAGCACCCCCUUACGACCCCGACGACGGGAGGGACUGCCACUAUUACAAAGUCCUUCAGCCUGUUUCGCAAAACGCGGACAAAACGUCAGAGCAACAAGAAAUGUGGUUACUUGAAAUUCCACAGCCUGAGGAUUUUUGGUGUGGUGGCGAACCGUACCCUGGCCCUGAGGUGUCUCUUUAAAUAAAGCUGUCUUCUAAAGGACUCGCAAUUCUUUAACUGACGACGACUGCCAUCAGAAUUCAACGACUUUGAUUUAUAAUCAAUGAAUCUGGAGUUGUUUAACCAACGGUUCUCAGGACACAUUGGCCAAGCGGAAUUAUUACUUUGUGUAUUUUUGUUUCUCCGUGUGUCGUCUGCAGGCUUCCAACUCUAUUAUGUGCACCCGUGAGUUUUUAUCACGAGGAUAUAUAUGAUCUUUGUGGACAUAUAUUACGUCAGUAAAAGCCAUACCCUAAUACCCAUGUUGUACGAGCAGUGCAAGCUUUAUUGAACAACAUUCCUGGAAAGCAUUUAUUCAACGUCACAAGUGUAACUUUCUCAUAGCCUUAAACUGUGUUUAAUUUAUUUUAUAUAAAUACGUGUUUAUACAUAUUAAGCCUAAUACUUGCUAAAUGUUUUUGUAUAGCCUUGGAAUACAGGUACAAUAUCAACACUAAAAUGUAUCUCGCUCAUUCCCCAAUUUUCGCAUUGGUAUCCU